AUGGGAAUACUCUGGUCGGAUGCUGAAGCUACAAAAAAGAUGCGCCACGCUGCUUCGUGGCAUGACGCAUUCGUCGUAGGAGAUCGUGAAAGUACCACGCGCAUCUGUCGUGGUGCGGUGACCUCCGGACAAAAGAAAGCAUUGGUUCGUAAGCACGAGAGAGAUGGUUUUCUGACGACAGGUCCACGUUCAGACAGUCGGAAGUCAACAAUGCAGCAACGUAUAUCAGGCCUCGCCGAGAAGUAG